AUGGUGAAAGAGGUGUUCAAUACCUCAAUCGACGAAGAUGUCGCUCUCGAACAUCUUGGGUACCAACAAGAGUUCAAGCGCUCUUUUGGCUUAUUUGAUAUGGUGGGCUUUAGUUUCAGCAUUGUAACUUGCUGGACAGCCUUGAGUGGAGUAUUCAUCAUUGGCGUCGAGGCAGGCGGACCGCCGGUGAUGAUUUUUGGUUGGAUAGGGGUUUGCGUGGUCACACUGUUUAUUGCGCUAGCCAUGGCGGAGAUGUGUGCAAGAUGGCCAGUCAGUGGAGGCCAGUACUCGUGGGUGGCCAUGCUGGCACCGCCCAAGGUAUCCCGACAAUUGUCUUACAUCACGGGAUGGUUCAUGCUGGUUGGUAUAUUGGCGAUGGGUGCGGUGAAUAAUUCCGUGGCAUCCAACUUCAUUUUGGGCAUGGCCAACCUGGUUUUCCCUGACUAUACUAUCGAGAGAUGGCAUACGGUUCUAGUUGCAUGGGCUGUGGCACUCUUUGCUUUAGGUAUCAAUCUUUUUGCGCCUCAUGCGCUCCAUCGCCUGUCACGCAUGAUUUUGGUAUGGAAUAUUGCGUCGUUCAUUAUCAUCAUUAUCACGCUCCUCGCGACCAAUGAUCAUAAGCAAAGUGCAGACUUUGUCUUUGGGGAAUUUCGCAACACGACUGGCUUGGGUGCGGCGAUGGCCACGAUCGUGGGGAUUCUACAGAGCUUUUUCGGCAUGUGCUGCUACGAUGCCCCCAGCCAUAUGACGGAAGAAAUGACUCAUGCGAGCCGCGAUGCUCCCAAGGCCAUUAUACUGGCUGUCCUUAUGGGCGCUGUGACCGGCUUCUUCUUUAUUCUCACACUUUGCUUCUGUAUGGGUGAUAUUGACAGCACAGCAAACUCCACCACUGGCGUCCCGGUCAUCCAGAUCUUCUAUGAUUCAACCCAAAGCAAAGCAGGAACCUGUAUCCUAGCAAGCAUGAUGACUGUCAUUAUUGUCGUGGCAUCUGUGAGUCUUGUGGCAGAAGGAUCGCGAUCCGUGUACGCCUUUGCACGGGAUCAGGGAUUGCCAUGCUCCAGGGUGUGGUCUAAAGUCGAGCCGAAGCAGAAAAUUCCCGUAUACGCCAUUUUCCUUACCUUGGUCGUCCAGCUGGCUCUUAACGCAAUCUACUUUGGUACGGUGACGGGAUUUGAAACGGUGAUUUCCAUUGCUACCACGGGUUUCUACGUCUCCUAUGGUCUUGUACUAUUGGCACGACUCCUUGGCUACAUGUUUGGCCAUCAUACAUCCACCUUCACUGGACCAUACUCGCUUCCAUCAUCCGUAUCUAUCGCCUUUAAUGCGAUUGGACUCAUUUUUCUGCUGUUUGGCUCCAUCACCUUCAAUUUCCCCUCGGAGGCUCCAGUCACUUCGAGUUCCAUGAACUAUACCAGUGCGGCCAUUGGGCUUGUGACGCUGCUCAGUUUCGUGACCUGGUUCACCACUGCGACCAAACACUUUUCUGGGCCAUCCGACGUUAUGGAUCUGGUUCCUCAGGAGGGAGAUACUGCUGCAGGGUCUGCCGAUGUGAUAGACACCAAGCCAAGUAAAUAA